AUGAAUUUUCGUUGCCAAAUUCAAUCUUGUAACAAAAUGGAUAAUGAAUGCAAUGGAUUGACUCCCCCAAAUUGUCCAAAUUCUGUGAAUUAUCCUCCUCCACCCACUCCCUAUCCAGCUUCUCAGUAUCCCUAUGGACAGCAACAACAGCCUCUAAUACCUCAAAACCCCCCUCAAGGAGAGGCAUAUUCAAAUUACUUGAAUAAUCCAACAAUUGGUUCAACACCUCCAUAUUCCCUUCCUACCUACAUUGGCGCUGGGGUCUCCCCAACUUGGCCUCCAAAUGCUUUACGCCUUGGAAGUGUUCUUCAAGGAAACCCUUCACAAGUGCUUCAAGGUAUUGGACGCCCGUGGCCUGCAAAUAUGCGCCGUAGAGUGGAAAAGCAUGAAGGACAAUCGCUUGAACACAAAAUACUUUUGGCUACACAACAAUUAAUGAAGUAUAGUUUUAUGCAGUUAGACCUCUAUAUAAGAUACACCCAAUACUAG